AUUAAACUAAAAAUAAAUAAAUAAUUAAUUAAUUAAAAAAAAAAAGGGCUUUUGGUGGUGAGUGAUGAUAUGUCGGCUGUUGGAAAUCGAGGGUUUGUCCUGCUUCAACUAUCAUCGCGCUUUCUCCACUGAUCGUUCUACAAAUCUUCUUCUUCGUAUUUAAUUUCAGCUCGGUCAUGGUUCUUCUUGGAUUUUUAGAGUUGUUUUGGGGAGGAAUUGAAGCUGUGUUGGGUUGAAUUGCCGUGGUUGUGGUUGAUUCGGUGGGAUCGAGGCUCGGAAUUUUAGAGGUUAGGAAUUAGGAUUAUAUUCGAUGGCGUCUCCUCCAUUUCAGGUGGAGGAUCAGACGGAUGAGGACUUCUUCGACAAACUUGUUGACGAUGAGAUCGCGGUUACAGAGUCUGGCCCUGGUUUGGCCGAUGGUGAGGACUCUGAUGAGGUGAAAGCAUUCUCAAACCUGAGCAUUGGUGAGGUCGGUACUGCCUUGGAAGGUUCCAGUGGUGAAGGCGGGAUUGCUGGUAAAGAAGAAAAGCAUUCCGAAGCUGGUAUUGUAUCAUCUGCAGAUGCACCUGAAAAGGACGUAUCUUCCAAUUCGUUUGCUUUUGAAAAUGCGAUUGAGACCAACGAUGUUGUUGAGGGGGCAGAUGUUGCAUCCGAUUCCACAACCAGAAAGAGCAGUGGAUCUAGGGGUACGAGUGUGAAGGAGGUUCAAUGGAGUGCAUUUCAUACUGAUGCGGCUCAGCAAAGUGGCAGUGGGUUUGGGUCAUACUCAGACUUCUUUACCGUGUUGGGAGACAAAUCAGGAGAUCCAUUUGAAAAGGUGCAGGAUAAUCCAAUCGCUGAUUCUAAGGUCACAUCUACCACUGCAGCAGGCACAGCCGCAGAUUUGACAUCUGUUAACCCUGUGCAGUAUCAAGAAGGUGAAACAUAUGGAAAAGCCAGUGAAGAAAUUAGCAGUUGGCAGAAUUCAUAUGAUAGUCAGUACUGGGAAAACCUCUAUCCUGGAUGGAAGUAUGACCCGAGUACUGGUGAGUGGCAUCAAGUGGAUGGUUAUGAUGCAACUGUGAAUAACCAGGUUGGUUUUGAAAGCAAUGCCAAUGCUAUAGGUGGUGAUGUUGUUUCAGACCAGAGAUCAGAGGUUUCUUAUCUGCAGCAAACGACACAGUCUGUUGCAGGAACCAUGGCUGAGGGUUGUACAACUGGUACCGUCUCUAACUGGAAUCAGGUAUCUCAAGGGAGCACCGAGUAUCCCCCACACAUGGUAUUUGAUUCUCAUUACCCUGGUUGGUACUAUGAUACAAUAGCCCAAGAAUGGCGCCUCUUGGAAUCUUAUACCCAAGCUGCUCAGUCAACGAGUACAGAUAGUUUCCAUCAAAAUCAAAAUGAGAAUCCUUCAACUGGCAGUUUCCUCCCUGACAAAGACCACAACCUACACGGGAAUUAUGGAUCACAAGUACAGCAUGGUAAUGACCAAGUUCAGGAUUGGGCAGGGUCUCCAAAUUACUACAGCGAACAAAAUAUGAAUGUGUGGCAACCUGAACUUGCUGUUAAGAAUGAGUCUGUGGCUAGUGUUACUGGAAACCAGCAAGCAGAAAGUUUUUAUGGUUCUGCUGGUCCUGUAAAUAAUUAUACUGCUCAACAAAAUGUGAAUGUGUGGCAACCUCAAGCUGUUGCUCAGAGUGAGCCUGUGGCUAGUGUUACCGGAAACCAGCAAGCAGGAAGCUUUUAUGGUUCUGCUGGUCCUGUAAAUAAUUAUACUGCUCAACAAAAUAUGAAUGUCUGGCAACCUGAAGCUGUUUCUAAGAGUGAGUCUGUGGCUAGUUUUACUGGAAACAAACAAACAGGAAGCUUGUAUGGUUCUUCGGGUCCUGUAAAUAAUAAUACUGCUCAGCAUAUGGGUUUUGAAUCUGCUGGUGCAAUUCCUUUAUUUGAGCAAACAAAUCAAAAUUAUGAUAGCACCAAUGGAGUGGUUGGAUUUCGAAGCUUUGUUCCUUCUGAGAACUCCUCUCAUCAGAUAAAUCAAAAACAGAUGGAGCAGAGUCAACAGGUGCUUUUCUCAAAUGAUUACUAUGGAAGUCAAAAAUCAAAUUUCAUUCAGCAGCCGUUUCAUACGAGCACACAGAAUUCUUAUAUUCCCCAUGAGGAGAGGUCAUCGGCAGGACGUCCCCCACAUUCUCUAGUUACUUUUGGAUUUGGCGGAAAACUCAUAGUCAUGAAAGAGAGUAGUUCUUUUGCUACCAACUCAGCAUAUGGAAGCCAGGACUCUAUAGGAGGCUCUGUUUCUUUACUUAAUCUGAGUGAAGUUGUCAUGGAAAACAUUAAUUCUACCACUGCUGGGGUUGGUGCUUGUGAUUACUUCCGUACUUUGUGCCAACAAUCCUUUCCCGGCCCCUUGGUUGGUGGAAACGCUGGAAGUAAAGAAUUAAACAAAUGGAUUGAUGAAAGGAUCGCAUAUUGUGAAUCACCCAACAUGGACUAUAGAAAAGGUGAACUUUUGAGAUUGCUUCUCUCAUUGUUGAAAAUAGCUUGUCAGCAUUAUGGAAAAUUUCGAUCUCCUUUUGGCACUGAUCCAGCAAUGAAGGAAAGCGACUGUCCAGAAGCAGCAGUAGCUCAGCUUUUUGCAUCUGCUAGAAGGAGUCUUCAAUCAAGUCAUUAUGGUGCCCUUACUCACUGCUUGCAGACCAUGCCAUCUGAAGGACAGAUUCGGGCAACUGCUGUUGAGGUACAAAAUCUCCUUGUCUCUGGUAGAACAAAAGAGGCUCUUCAAUGUGCACAAGAAGGUCAGCUAUGGGGACCUGCGCUCGUUCUUGCCUCACAACUAGGCGAUCAGUUCUAUGUUGAUACUGUGAAGCAAAUGGCACAUCACCAAUUAAUAGCAGGGACACCUUUACGGACAUUAUGCCUAUUAAUUGCAGGGCAACCAGCCGAUGUGUUUUCAACAGACAGUGGAACUAAUAAUGGCGCACCCCAGAUUGGGUCCAACAGUAUGCUAGAUGACUGGGAAGAGAAUUUGGCCAUUAUAACUGCAAACCCAACAAAGGGUGAUGAGCUUGUAAUUAUUCAUCUUGGAGAUUGCCUGUGGAAGGAAAGAGGCGAGAUUUCUGCUGCUCAUACUUGCUACUUGGUCGCUGAUGCAAACUUCGAGUCAUAUUCGGACACUGCAAGAUUGUGUCUCAUUGGCGCAGACCACUGGAAAUACCCCCGAACUUAUGCUAGCCCUGAGGCUAUUCAGAGGACAGAACUAUAUGAAUACUCUAAAGUGCUUGGAAAUUCUCAGUCUAUCCUGCUACCAUUUCAGCCAUAUAAGCUUAUAUAUGCCCACAUGCUGGCUGAAAUGGGAAAAGUUUCAGAUUCAUUGAAGUAUUGUCAAGCAAUUCUGAAGUCUCUGAAAACUGGUCGAGCACCUGAAGUGGAGACAUGGAAACAGUUAGUAUCUUCUCUUGAGGAGCGUAUAAGAACGCACCAGCAGGGUGGAUACAGCACUAACUUGGCUCCAGCAAAGCUGGUGGGUAAAUUGCUCCCGUUCAUUGACAAAUCCAUUCAUCGUAUGAUUGGGGCUCCACCACCACCUGUGCAGUCAACAUCACAGAGCAGUGUUCAGAAUAAAGAGCACGAUCAUCCCCCAUUCGGUACAAGAGUAUUAAAUAGUCAAUCAACAAUGGCCAUGUCAUCAUUGAUGCCCUCAGUAUCAAUGGAGCCCAUAAGUGAAUGGAAGGGUGACAAUAGAAUGAUGAUGUCCAAUAGAAGCAUAUCCGAGCCAGACUUUGGCAGGACUCCAAGACAGGUUGAUCCAUCAAAGGAAGGAACCUCUCCUCAUGCACGAGGCAAGGCAUCAGUCUCUGGUGGACCAUCUCGCUUUGGCCGGUUUGGCUCACAGCUUUUCCAGAAGACCAUGGGGUGGGUCGCAAAAUCUCGCUCAGAUAAACAGGCUAAACUGGGGGAACAGAAUAAAUUCUAUUAUGACGAAAAGCUUAAGCGAUGGGUGGAGGAAGGCUCUGAACCUCCAGCUGAGGAAGCAGCGCUGCCACCCCCACCACCAACUGCUAGUUUCCAGAAUGGAAUGUCAGAUUACAACAUUAAAAAUGCUUUAAAAAGUGAAAGCUUGCCUGCUAAUGGAGGUCCCGAAUUCAAAAGCCCAACUCAAGAGCGUGGUCCAGGGAUCCCACCCAUCCCACCUGGUUCCAAUCAAUUCUCAGCUCGUGGACGAAUGGGAGUUCGAUCAAGGUAUGUUGACACCUUCAACAAAGGUGGUGGAACCGUAGUAAAUUCAUUCCAAUCAGCUUCUGUUCCAGCUGCAAAACCUGCGGCUGGUGCAAGUGCCAAGUUUUUCAUUCCGACUCCUAUAGCCUCGGGUGUACAGACGGACAAUGCAAUAGAAGACAACCAUGGAACUGUGGCGACUAAUGACGAACCUUCAACAUCUGUUGCAUCAGAGUCAUCAAUCCCGUCAUUACCAUCACCACCAAUGCAACGGUUCCCCAGCAUGGGUGACAUUACCCCUACGAACACGGGGAUGGGGGCAACGGAAAAUGGUAAUGGAUCUCUUUCUUACCGCUCACGGCGAACAGCUUCAUGGGGAGGGAUUUCCAAUACAUUUGAUCCUCCCAAGACAACUGAAAUAAAGCCUCUAGGAGAGACAUUGGGCAUGCCACCAUCAAUGUUUAUGCCUAGUGAUCCUUCUCAAAUGCGCAUGGCCAUGAAUGGUGUCAGUUUGGCGGAUGACCUCCAGGAGGUGGAACUGUGAGCUACAUUGCCAAAGAUGUAAAUCUCAUUGUUGCUUCUCUGUGAUCACGUCAGGUCAGCACAUUCCUCACUUUCCUUCCCCCUCAAAAAAAUGGAAUGUUUGGUUGAGCUGUGGGAUUGGGAUUUCAUACAGGGAAAUUGGUGCUCUGGUUUUUGAUCAGUAGUGCUUAGCUUGCAACAGUUUUCUGUAUGCUUGGACCAGGGCUGCUUUGAAUGUCCCAGGAGCUGCAACCGUCCAAUGUGGGGGAGUUGGUGUCCUUUUACAAAGCAAAGAGGACAUGCUUCGGAAAAUAUGUACAGUUCAUUUGUUGAUUUAUUGAAUAAGAAUCAUUGUUUUUUUGUGGUGGCCCUUUUGAGGAAGAUAGAGAGCCUAAGAAAGAGCACCCCUUAUGCUAUUUCUCUUGGGGUGGAAAGCUUGCUGAAAUUGCAAAAGUAAGUUGUUUUUGUUCUAUUUAUGGCUUCCAAAAUGCAUAUUAAUUUUGAAAUAUGAGUUAUGAUGGCCAAAUUUCCCUUCGAUCA